UUUUUUUUUUUUUUUUUUUUUUACGAAUGCGAGGAUCUACUUUCUGUUCGACCGGAUUAAAAAUUGUCCGUCUGCUGUCAGGAGACCCGCAGGGGAAUAGUAGAUCGGGCGUGCGGGUGCGACGUGUGCACACGGCGCUUCCUACAGGGACACUUACCUUCCCCUCGGUCUUUUCCUCCUUCCGUCCCGGGCCACCGGGUCGCCUGCCGUGAGGGUUUUACGCGCAAUGAGCAUCGAUACACUUUUGGAGGCGGCCAGGUAUCUGGAAUGGCAAGCCCAGCAACAACAGAUAACACGUGAGCAAGAGCACCAAAAAGAGAAGGCGCUCAUCAACAGAGAGGCGGAGUCACGACAUGUGGAAAUUGUGACCUCAUUGUCUCAGCCAGUAAGAGCCAACCACAUCACUUGGGACGAUGACUCCCACCGUCAGCUGCCACACCAUCCUCCUGCGCCUCCGCCCCCCUCUCUCCCACCUCCUCAAGUCCCUGUCGCCGUCAUCCCAAUGGUUCCAGUUGUCACCGCAACACCGUCAGUCCCGCCCCUUCACCUUGCUACGCCAAUUGCUGCGGCGGCAGCAACGCUCAACAGCUCCCCGCCAGCCAAGAACGUUUCUUCCCCUCCUCAGCAGCAGCAACAGCAGCAGCAGCAGCAGCACCAGCAGCCAACCUCUCCUCACCUGUUGUGUACCCCCCAGAUGAAGUUAGAGACUAGUCAGCAGCUGGUUGGUGCCAAGCCCAGCCAAUCUCAGCAACAGGUUCAGAUUCAGUACCAAGCCUCCAUCAGCACUAAUGGCCCCAGCUCUCAACAUGCACUGGUUCCCCAUCAAGCUCCGCCCACCUCUCAGCCACGACCUAAUGGAGUGACACUGGAGGACAUGAGGGGGAUGGAAGGAAAGAGGAGACCAGGAGGAGCGGGGACCAGAGAGGUGCAUAAUAAACUGGAGAAGAACAGGCGAGCGCACCUCAAAGAGUGUUUUGAGACGCUGAAGAAGAACGUUCCAAAUGUUGAUGAGAAGAAAACUUCCAACCUCAGCGUCCUCCGCAGCGCUUUGCGUUAUAUACAGACUUUGAAGCGCAAGGAGAAGGAAUUUGAGCAUGAAAUGGAGCGUCUGGCAAGAGAGAAGAUCGCCACUCAGCAGCGGCUGGCCGAGCUGAAGAACGAGCUCAGCCAGUGCAUGGACGUCGUCGAGAUCGACAGAGUGCUGCGACAGACUAUUCAGCCAGAGGACGACCAGGCCUCCACGUCCACAGCCUCAGAAGGAGAGGACAACUUUGAGCAGGACAUGGACGAGGACGUCUCCACUCCUCUUCCUGCUCCACCCUCCAUCCCCAAACCAACACCUCCGAUCCUGCAAGCACAGCCGCUCCUCACUCCUCACCUCUCUAUUCAGCAUACCACCCUUCCUCUUUCUGGAAUCCUGACCACGCCCUCCCCCUCUGCUCCGCCUCCACCUCAGGCCAUCGCCCCUGCUCCGGCCCCUGGUCAGCCCCAUCCAGUGCCUGCUCAUCAUAUCCAGCCCCCGACAGUGCAGGUCCAGCCCACUGUCAUCGCUCAUGCCGCGGUCUCCCACCCUUCAGUCAUCCAGGCUGUCAACCACGGCCUGCAAGUCAGUCACAAACAUCUUACGCACAUCGCCCCGUCGCCUGGUCCCACCUCCACCACCCCUCAGUCGAUCGUAGCAGCUCAGGCUGCCACCGCCACUCACCAGCAGAUAGCAGCACAGCCUAUCGGACACAUCACUGUCCACCCAGUGGCUCACCUGGGAGGUCCCUUGCCAUCCCAUCUCCAAACUCUGUACCCUCAAGGUGUGUCUGUGUCCCAGCCCACCAUGGUGGGCCACAUCACUCACACCUUCACCCAUCACACUCUUCCGCACGUCCAGGCUAACCCACAAGUUAACACUAACGGAGGCCAGAUGAACAGCGCAGCCGUAAUGACGCAGGGGAGCCCAUCGCUAGGGAAACCCACAGCAGUGCUGGCCCCCCACCCCCAGCUGGUCGGACAGACGGCUGUUCUCAACCCUGUCACCAUGGUUACAGUCCCAACCUUUCCUGUCAGCACGCUCAAACUUGCCUGAAGGAGAAAAUGAGAAAUGAGAUCGAAAGACUCAGAACUCUAGAGAUUUACACUCCAUCAAUAAUCAGCAUUAAGAGCAGAGAUUCUCUGAGAAACAUGACAAUUUAAAAAAAACUAAAAAAAACAAUGUUGUUGUUUUUUUAACUUUUGAAGAAUAUCUCCAGAGAUAUUUUGUCUCAGCUCUGUCAGGACGGAGUCAGGACGAACAGGCCUUUGUGAAAAUAAGACUGUGACAUUUGUCUGCGCUGCAAAGACAUACUCUGUUUAACCUCCUUUCCUCCUCUCCUGUCCUUCUCUCCUCCUUUCCUGACCUCUCUCUCCUGACUUAACAACCAGAAGCACUAACAUAAUAAGCUCAGUUCACACUCAGGCAUCAAGGUUUUACCUUAACUUAAUUUUUCAUUUUUCAAAAAAACCUAUGAAAGAGACUUGUUUGUCCUCAGGCUGUUGCCGUGGUGAAACAGUAUGUGCCCGCCUUGUAUUUAUAUAAUCAUGGUGUCAUGUGUGAUGUCAGCUGUGUGUGAUCUUAGAGGUCCCACUGUUCUAAAUGAAUUACAUACAGGGCUUUAAUCAAGUGUAAAUGAGAACAUAUCACACAGCCUGAUGAAUAGAGCUAAAACACUGUCACCGUCUGAUAGUCCUUCACCUUUUGUCAACAGGAUAAGUGUAGUUCAAUAACGGGAGUUUAUCAUCUCUAAAAAAAAAACUUGUUCCAAGAAGUGACAAGUAGUCCCUCUACAUUUUCCCAAACCGAAGGUUCCUUAUCUUGCAAUAGUUGAAGAAGAAAAAAGAGGGCACAUCUAAAAUCCAACAUUAGAAAAACAAAACAUUGAAAAAUGUAUAAUUCAACACUGCAGUUGAUCAUCUACUUCCUUUUAUUAGUUGCAUCAAAGUGUUAGACUCUAAAGGAGAAGAGGGUCUCCAUCAAAAGGCAAAUUUGGAAAUGAGAAAGCACAUUAAUGUGGAAAAAUCUAGUUUGCUUAUUCCUUGAACCCUCAAACUACGGAUUAAAGACAAACAUCAAAUUGAACUGUAACAGACUAGAGUUAAAAGGAAAAAGUUCAAAAAGUUUUAAUGGGAAUUUCCCUUUAAAAGAUCAGUGAAAUGUCUAAAAAGAAGGGUUCAUUUCAAAAACCUUUUCAUUGUAAGCUCCAUUUGAAAUGCAUCAUUCUUUACACAAGACCUGAUAAGAUGAGGAAACCGUAAGGUCAUGACAUCUUUCUGUCAAACCAAUCAAGACCUGUUAUUGACAGUUUGGACCGCAAACAUUUGGCUAAUGAAGUAUCUACAUGGACAAUUGUCUGCUUAAUUUGAUACCCUGAAAUAUGUGGAUGAAUUUAAUUUCCGGAGCACUCAAGUCUACCAAAUUAUUCAGUGACUGGUUUCCACUGUGAAGAAAGUCAGGCUUUCAUUCUUGUCCUUUUAAUGCAACAGCUCCCUCUUCUGCCUCAUUUCCAGACAGCAUGCUAAUGUUCCCCAUUCGUAAUACAAACCCUCUGUCUAGGCUAUUCAGAUCCGUAGAGACACUCAGAAACACACUGAUCUUAAAUCAGAUUCAUUAAAAGAAGUCCUCCUAACUAUAGAAAUACUUCUGAUUUCUUUGACAAACUAAAAGAAUGACCCUUUUGUCCCCAGACAAACUUUAACAUGUAACAAAAAGCUAGUGAACCUAAAAAUGUUUUGUUAAUACCAGAAUGGUCACAUUUUAUUGCAGUUGUUUGAUGAAUAAUUUGGCAGCGAUGUGACAAAAAAAAAGAAAUCUGACUUAAAAUCCUCUACUUCAGUCCAGAAAAUAAUUGUUUGAAUUUAAAAAUGGUAAAAAUGUGUUACAACAUCCACUAUUCUUAAUGUGUGUGUGUGUGUGUGUGUGUGUGUGUCUGUGUUUACGUGUGUUAAUGUGCACAUAGUCAAAACGUACAUGGCUCAACAGCCUUGCCAGCCUAUACAUGUCACACCAAAAACAAAUCUCCCAUCAGCAUUUGUCUCUGUAGUCUAUCUGUGUGGAUCUGCUCUGGCCUCUUCUGCUGUCUCUGUGUUUUCUGUCUGUACUUGUGACUGUAUUCAGUAUGUUUUAUAUUCUGUACUAUAAUUAAUCCUACUGUACCUGUAGCAUGGCCCUGUUUCUUUGGUUCUAAAGUUUGCCCUGUGCAUGAUGGAGUGUGUGAAUGUGUGGAGCUACUUUGUUAGUUGUUUUUUUUACACAGGUGAUUUACGGUAUGAGCAUGUUUGGGUGCUAUUGUGUGUGCCUAUACUCAGUUUCCCUGAACACUGUGACAACUCUGGCAAAACACAAAAACACAAUGAGCAAAUGGAAGAGACAAAGAAUAACUGUCCUCAUUGGGUUUUUUUUCUUUUCAUUUUGUGAGUAAGGACUGAGACAUCAAGUUGAAAAAGUGAGAAAACAAAAAAAGUUGUUGCUCUUUUCUUGAUAACACAAUGUUGUCUAAUAUUCAAGUUUUUUAAUAUUUGUAUGUAUGUAUGGAAGUUUUGUAAAUUUGUGAUUGUAUGCACGUUUUGGCAUAAGAGUGUAUGUUUCUUCAAAUUUGAAUGCUUGUUUUUUUUUGUUUUGCAUGUAGAUUGCUGUUUUAGUUUGUUUUGUUUCUACGUUUCUUUUUGGGACCAUGUACAAUACUGUAUAACGUUGGCAGGAUCUUGGACCUCAUGCUACAUUGAUAUUAUAUAUGAAUAUAAAAACAUGUUUUCCCUAUGGAGAAAGUUUUAAGUUAUAUGUCGCCUGUACACUUUGGGCUGCCUUUUAGAUCUAACUGUCCACUGUUAAAGAUAAUGAUGAUAAUGGAUUAAACAUAUUAAUGAUGAAGAAUUAUGCUGAUGAAAUAUUAAAGAUUCUUAAUAAAUCUUAUUACAUUUACAACA